AUGGGAGUCAGAACUUGGGAGAUGUUGGCAGGCGACCCACGACAAGGUCUUGAGAGUGGCAGAGCCAUGCUUCUUGCCUUAGCCGUUCUCUUUCUUUCUACCCUGGUAACUGAGCGUAAAGAGCGCCAAAUGAUUUUUGUUACAUACCGACAUGGACCUUCCACUUUGACCGCCAGAUCACAUCGUUCAUCUCCCCUCUUUUCGGCGAGAGCUUUGGACCUGAUUUAUUUCUGCUAUGGUUUUGUCCCAACAACACGCAGCUGUUUCCGGGUCUUGCACCACAAAUCUGUCAUUGACAGUUCUGAUUCGACAAACAAGUUCAAGAUGCGAUAG